AUGCUCUUCGGUUUGAUACAAAAAUCCAAAAAAGAAGAUAUGGCUACUACCAGUGCUGCAGCUAGUUUCUUGAAAUCAAUUGCGACCCGUCGUACUAUCUACGCUUUGAAGCCAGAAUUGCCAUCCAAUGUCACCCUAGAUGAUGUGGAGGCAACCGUGCAAGAGGUGAUCAAGCACACACCAACCUCGUUCAACUCUCAAGUUAACAGGGCAAUUAUCCUGACAGGGGAAGCGCACAAGAAAGUGUGGGACCAGGUCGUCAACAGCAUUCCGGACGACUCAGGCAAGAGGAGACCUACCUCUGCGCGUGACGAGGCCUAUGGUUCUGUCAUCUUUUUCACCGAUGAUCUAGUCACCGAAAAGUUGCAAGCGGGCUUCCCGGCAUGGGCUGCAGCCUUUCCACAAUUUGCGGACCACUCUUCCGGUGCUGCCCAGAUCGAUACCUGGACUGCUUUCACAGAAAUGGGUCUUGGCGCCCAUUUGCAGCAUUACAACGGCUACAUCAAGGCUGCCUUGCCAGCAGAUGUUCCUACUCAAUGGUCGAUCCAUGCCCAAUUAGUAUUUGGUGUACCAGCCGCUCCCGCAGGCGCCAAAGAAUUCGGUAAGAACGAAGUGAAAGUCUACAAAUAG